UAAAAUCUGAAGUACCUCCCCGGAGAGAAUAAAACAUUCUAACUUGUGAAUGCCUUAUUCAACCUCUCUGGGCUGAAGCAGAGAACUGGACUCUGCAUGCUGUUUCUACAUCUCGUCUUUGACAGAGAAGGAUUCGACCCACAACAUAAUAAGAUGUUCAGUAGGACUUUCUGGGUCUUUUCUGUGCUCUUACUCGUUACUUCUGAAGUUUGGGGUGCUAACAUUUGCACAUCCCGAGGCGUGAACACAUGCAGGGAAUGCCUCGCGGUCCAUCCUAGCUGCGGGUGGUGCUUUCAGGAGGACUUUGGCCGUGGAACUGCAAGCUCAUCUCGCUGUGACCUCAAGGAAAAUUUACUCCAGAAGGGAUGCAGUCAGCAGUUUAUUGAAUACCCCAUCAGCACCUUGAAUAAGCAGCAGGACAAGCCCCUGAGUGGAACGGGAUCCGGAGCAGGGUCCGAUGCCACGCAGAUCUCCCCUCAGAAACUGGAAAUUAACCUGCGACCUGAUGACUCUCAGAAGUUCACGGUCCAGGUGCGGCAGGUGGAGGACUAUCCUGUGGAUCUCUACUACCUGAUGGAUCUGUCCUACUCCAUGAAAGAUGACCUGCAGAAACUGCGCACUCUGGGCAACGAUCUGGCCACUGCCAUGGGCAGACUCACCAGCAACCUGCGCAUGGGAUUCGGGGCCUUUGUGGACAAACCACUGUCCCCUUACAUGUUCAUCUCUCCCAAGGAGGCCAUAGCCAACCCCUGCAUAGGCAUUCAGACGACAUGUAUGCCCCAGUUCGGCUAUAGGCAUGUUCUGACUCUGACGGAACAGGUGAGCCGGUUCAAUGAGGAGGUGAAGAAGCAGGAUGUCUCUCGAAACAGGGAUGCUCCCGAGGGGGGGUUCGAUGCCAUCAUCCAGGCUGCUGUCUGCAAGGAGAAGAUCGGCUGGCGUCAGGGUGCUUCUCAUCUCUUGGUGUUCACCACUGAUGCCAAGACCCACGUGGCUCUGGACGGCAGGCUGGCAGGCAUAGUACAGCCUAACGAUGGGAAAUGCCAUGUCGGUGAAGACAAUAACUAUGCUGGGUCCACCACUCUGGAUUAUCCAUCCCUGGCCCUGCUGACGGAGAAGAUGUCUGAAAAUAACAUCAACCUGAUCUUUGCUGUCACAAACCCUGUGGAGGAGCUCUACCGGAACUACAGUGAGCUGAUCCCCGGUACCACAGUGGGGAUCCUAUCUCAAGAUUCAGGCAAUGUCAUCCAGCUCAUUGUGGAUGCCUAUGCUAAAAUCCGUUCGAAGGUAGAGUUGGAGCUCCUGGAUCUCCCUGAUGAGCUUUCCCUGUCCUUCAAUGCCACCUGCAUGAAUGGAGAGGUCAUUCCCGGGCAAAAGUCCUGCUCUGGGCUGAAGAUCGGAGAUACAGUGACCUUCAGUGUGGAGGCCCGCGCCAGAGGUUGCCCCAAGGAAAAAAACAGGACCUUCACCAUCAAACCAGUGGGCUUCAAAGACUCUCUUCAGAUCACAGUGAACUUCGAGUGUGAGUGCAACUGCCAGGCCCUGGCAGUGCCCGCCAGCCCGCUCUGCAAUAACGGCAACGGAACCUACGAGUGCGGGAUAUGCCAGUGUCUACCAGGGCGCCUGGGCCCACGAUGCGAGUGUUCUGAAGGAGACUACAACCCCAGCCAGCAGGAUAAGUGCAGCCCCAAGGCUAACAGUUCCAUCUGCAGUGGGCACGGAGAGUGUAUCUGCGGCCAGUGUGUCUGCCACAACACCGACUUCGGGAAGUACUGGGGCAAGUUUUGCGAGUGUGAUGACUUCAACUGUGUGAGCUACAAGAGCAAGCUCUGUUCAGGCCAUGGGAAGUGCAGCUGUGGAGACUGCCUGUGUGAUCCAGACUGGAAGGGGGAUUACUGUAACUGCUCGACGCGCACAGACACCUGCAUGUCCAGCAUUGGGCUGCUGUGCAGCUCCAGGGGACAGUGUGUCUGUGGGACGUGUGAGUGCACCCAGCCCGGCGCCUAUGGGGACACCUGUGAGAAAUGCCCCACCUGUCCUGACGUCUGCACCUUCAAGAAGGAUUGUGUAGAAUGCAGAAAUUUCCAGAGGGGCAAACUCAAUGAUGAUAAGACCUGCGCCCGAAUUUGCCGAGAUGAAAUUAUACUGGUGAAAGACCUUGGUUUGCAUGAUAAGAAUGCAAUGAACUGUACCUACAAAGACGAAGAUGACUGUGUGGUGAGGUUCCAGUACUACGAAGAUGCCAGUGGAACAUCAGUCCUCUAUGUGGUCGAGGAACGAGAAUGCCCGAAGGGUCCUGACAUCCUGGUGGUCCUGUUAUCGGUGGCAGGCGCUAUCCUGCUCAUCGGCCUGGCUGCCCUGCUAAUCUGGAAGCUGCUCAUCACCAUUCACGACCGCCGCGAGUUUGCCAAGUUUGAGGAGGAGCGUGCCCACGCCAAGUGGGACACGGCCAAUAAUCCCCUGUACAAAGGAGCAACCUCCACCUUCACGAAUGUGACGUUCCGUGGAAACGCAGAGUGACACCGAGGAGUGCGGAGACUCGGGGGCCUGUUUACAUGGGAUUGUUGGCGGGUUGGAAAAGUAAUGUUGAAUGUUAUCAGGAGCCAAAUUGAAAUGGAACUCAGGGUAAUCCCUCACCUGUGCAUUGUUAGUGACAUUUGGUUUCUCAUACAAAGGGGUAGGGGAAUAUGGGGUGUCUGUAUUGUGGAUAUGGUGGGGUGGGAGGUAACUAACUUUCUUUUUUUUUUUAUUAGAAUUAUUGAAAGAUGUAAUUUAAAUUAUGCUGCAGGCAUGAACAUUUAACAAAAGGAACCCAGUACUGAGUGUUUAAUUUGUAGUGUAAUUGUUACAUUGCCACAUCACUGAUCACUUCCUAUUUUAUUAAUUAGCAACUGCAUCUUCUUCCUUUUUCAGAUAGUAUGGCAGAAAUAGCUAGGUAGAUUGAUGUUGUUGUUUUAUAUGUUAUAUGGUUUUGGAGUUACUGGCUUGAGCCUCUACUGAGAAAUGGCUUGUUCUCUGAGAUUGUGUUUGCAUGUAUGUGUGGAUGUAUUUGUAAAAACAUUGCACUGAUAGAAUACAGUGUUUGGGGGGUGCCAUGGACCUCCGUCCCAGGACAGAAUCACUCUCCAGCACUCAGUUACAUGUAGAUCUAUGUUUAUAAUGUUAGUAGAGAGUAUGAGAGGAAUAAUAGGCAGGGCUAGUGUGCUAUGUUUGUUUAGCUACUGUUGUUCAUUAUGAUUGUUUGGAUAAUUUAACUUGAUGCAACUUUCAGGUAACCUUUAUCUGGCAACUGUAGAGAAACAAAAAUUUGAUAUACUGUAUGCUUGACUCUUUAGGUACUAGUUGCUUUGACUGAUGCCAGAAAAACGGCUUGUGUUAUUUCGUUGUCAAAAUACCCAGUCAGUAUGUAUAAAAGGUGUAUGCUGAAAUUCUAAAUAUAACUUCCCCUGUGAGAGAAAAAAAAGAUUGUCUUUGCAAAUGAUAGAACUAUUACAAUGGGAUGUCACCAGGUGAAUCCAGAAGAUUCCCAUUAGAAUACUAUACAACCCCCCCCCCCCCCCCCCCAAUGCAAACAAUUACACCUUAAAGAGGAAGUAGCGGGGUUCCAAAAAAUAUAAUGUUACACUUCCCCACGUGUUGCUACAACUGUUUAAAUAACAUACCUGUCAUUUUUCUUUUCAUCGUUAACAUCCUGACAGCUUUUUACACUUAUAACUUUAAAGUCUGUUUCAAAGAUGUUUUCAAAAUGGGCGCUCUAGUGCACUGAUAGUAUAAGGAUUAUUUCCCACAUUGUCAAACAGCGAUCCAUGACGUGGUACGGAAUAGAAAAGCCAGAGCUGUGAUGUAGAGGACAGAUCUCAAACCCCAGUGCACUUUUGAAAAGACUUUAAAUUUCUAAGUGAAAAAAGCUGUCAGGAUGUUAACAACGAAAAGAGCAACGAAACAGGUAUGUGAUUUAAACAGUUGUAUCAACACAUAUCUUUUUUCGGAACCCUGCUAAAGUGGAAGUGGAUAUCAACCAUGCUGGGCUUUUUGCACAUACUUACUGGGUAGUGCAGAGCUAAUUCUGUUGUAUCCCUAGUGUUAUGCAUAUGUAUUAAUCUAUUUAUACACAUAUUAUAAGUCAAUGCCUCUAAUAGUUACGUUAUAACACAGGACCAAAACUGCUUUGGUUUCUACUGUCAGACUUGUUCAUUUCCAUCAGCAGUAGUUGGAGAUCAAAUCAAUUUCUAGUGGGACUGUGUGAGGCCCAGUUAAGAUUGUGGGCUGGCAGGACCCGAUCUCUCAAUCCGGAAUAAUAGUGGAAGUUACCUUCUGAGCGUCCAGAGUGAAGGCCUCGUCUCUCUAACUCACACUUAUGGUGGAAUGUACCUUUUCAGUGCCCAAUGCAAAGUGCAAAGGACGAGAGAGGCGGGUGUAAAUCUCAGACUGCAGAAAAAAUAUGUAGACAAAACAUUAGGGAUGUGAAUAUAUAAUACUAUCAGGAAAAUAUUGGUUUGAAUUAGUUCAUUAUUAGCGUGAUAUGUAAUACAUAGAGCAUAAUGCAUGGUGUAGGGUGUGAUAUGAAAAUGUAAUGCCCACCCGAGGGCUGGGAUGCUACCGAGGCUGGGUAUUACAUUCUCAUUUAUCACACACUACUCCAUGCAGUAUUUUUUAUAAUCUCUGGUGAGCAUUUGUUUCCUGCCAGAGUAAUAAAAUUCUGUGUUGCUUGCUGUGGGGGGGCUUACUCUGCUUAGGGGUAGGUGUACUAAGAUGGGCCAGUCGCAGCGCAAACAUACUGCAGUUUGCAUUUUUGUUGCGACACUUAGCAAAGUAAACAUUUUGUCGUAGUACUAAGAGAAAAUAUGUUAAUGACGAGAGCUUCAAUAUGCUAAUUUAAGUAUUUGUGCAUCUUCUUAGCAAGAUCUCUAGCAUUAUACAUUGCGAAAGUCAUGCAACAUUGUUCAAAUAAAUAGCGGGACUUGAGUUGUGGUUUGCUGCAGCAGAGGGUGCCCGAAGGAUAACAAGAGUGCAAGAAUUAAAUGUAAACGUCAUCUGUACAAUGCAUUCUCUUCCGUCUUCAUUUUACAUAUUUUAAUACUAUUAUAUAUAUAAAAAAUGAAAGCCAGUUAAAUCACAUCAGAUUCUAUAGUGGGAGCCCCACCUUCACCCCCAAAAAGCUUUUCAUAAUCAUAUAGUAACCUCUCGCUAAACCGGACAUGUUUGUCCAACAUAAGGAAAAAAAAAUUUAAAAUCGCACACACAUAUAUUUAUAGUGCUCAAUGUAUUUUAAAUGUAUAAAUUAUUGUGCUGAAAUAACACUAAUGUGUUUUGGGUAGGCCACACAUUACAUUAUGUAAAAAUAUGAAUCUGUACAGUACGCCUAUACAGUAUACUGUACAGAAAUAAAAUCAAAUGAUACCUAGUGCACUUUCUUUUUACUUUAGCCUGCCGGUAACACAAAAUAAAUCAUGCUGCUGCAUUGUACACAUUGGUGUACAGUGCGAAUAAAAGAUUAUUUUAAAUCGAAACUUAAUGAUUUUAGCGUAUUAUUAUUAUUAUUAUUAUUAUUAUUAUUAUUAUUAUUAUUAUUAUUAUUAUUUGGCCUACUUAGUAGCCUGGACAAUUAACACACAAUAGAUCAUGGUCCUAUACAGAUGCUCAGAAUGAGCUGGAAAGUGUUAGUGGCACAUGUGUGCAGUCUAUUGCUCCCAAAACGUUGUGGUAACCUGAAAUGUCAAAGAAAUUUGUUUUUUUGCCUUUUGUGAAAAAGGGUUUUUUGCCUAAAAAUGCAUUGAGCACAACUGGCAACGCACAAGAAAACACGGACUGGGAAAUGCCAGCAACAAUUGCGACUGUUUAAAACAUGCUUUCAAAAGUUCUUAACAAAUUGAUGCAAUUGUAAGUGUUGCAAUUGCCGGGAGCUUUCGUACAUCUCAUUAUAAUAUUUGAGAACCCUCAUUUGCACUGUCUGCCCCCUUUUUGCAAAUGUAUGCAGGAACGCCCAUAAAUACAUAUUCAUCUAAGCUUGAACCACAAAGUCAAACUGCUGCCUCAAAGCAUUCCCUAAAACGUUGCAAAUAGCAUUGUGCUUGUUUAGUACAUUUCACCCAAGACUUCCGACUCAUUUCCAACUGGUUUGCGACUAUUGAGACAGGUUCAACAUUUUAGUACACCUACCCCUUAGUCUAUGUCACUGAGUUAUUAGCUUGCGCUGGUGUCGUGUUCUGUUGCUUGUGUUAAUGAGCACAGGUUUCCCGUAAUAACCGUCCGGUUACUACGGGAAAUAGCAACUGAAUGAGCCAUUGACAAAAAUUGCUCACCAGUUAUUAUAUGCAGAUGUUUCUGUUUAAUGUGCAGGAGAUGGAAUCAGCAACAGCCCCAGUAUUAGAACAAGAUGAGUUGGAGUUUUCUCAAGGUGCCGAUGGAAAUGUGACAUUUGUUCAAUACCGCAUGCGUCAAAGUAAUUGCACUCGGGGAAAAAAAAGUUUGUGGAAAGCUCUCAGAAUUCUAUUUACUGCAGAUUUCAUUUCCAGUUUCUGCUCAAUUCCAGUGUAUGUAGAAAGUGUAUUUCCACCAGUCCAAUACCACUGUAAUAAUGUAGGUGCUGUUUACUGUAUUGUUAGAAAGAUGUUUAAAGACUUGUAAAGGAACACGUGGGUUCACUAUAAAUAACACAGGAGUGUGUCUUGAAUAGAUAAUUGUCCAUUUCUUAUGAAUUCAACAGGAAAUUAUGCUGUACUACUUGGAAAUCGCUACACAUUAUAAAGUAUUACAGCCUAACUUGUUAACUUGGAAUAUGGAGAAUAUGAUCACUCUCAAAAUGUCACACUACUGAUGUCAUACAGUAUUUUAUUAAUGUGAAUUAAUGGCUCAACAUCGUAUUAGACAGACCGUCCCAGCCUCGUCAUUAGCUAUAGAGCAGCGUAUCUUGUUCAUGGAAACAUUUAUGCUGAAAUGCAUUAGUUAGUCAUUUUGAUCUGUGGAUAUUCAUAAUGAAAAGCAGGAAGCAUUCCUUUCCCACUGUCUCAGUCGGCACAUCUUUCUAAUCUUUCCUGCUUUAUUAGAUACUAAACAGGACCUAAAACAUUCCAGUAAUACAUUACUGUAUCUUUAACUCAGGCAAUCCCAGUCCUGCCUGCCUUUGAUCACACUAGUGUAGAAACAUAACUCUUGAGUGACUGAGCUGUUAAAGGCAUAUGUUUCUUACUAAAGCAUAUGUCAGUGUAAUGGCUGUAAAUUUAAAAUGAUCGGUAUGCUGAAAAAGUUGGGCAUGACAAAUAUUAACAGUAUGUACAGAAUAGUAUAGAUUAAGAAUUGACAAAAGAAAAUGUUUAAUUUUCAUCCACAGCGGGGGAUAAUGAUGUUGGUUGGGGUGUCUGUUUUUGUGUUUACUACAGUCUGCCAUAGCUUUGUGGACUUUAUCAGAAUGAACUGUGCUGGUUUACAUUCGGGCUUCACUGCACAGGGCAGGGAACUGUGGUCCUGGUCCUCGAAACCAUUGGAGAGGUUUAGUGCUUUAGGACUUGGUCAAGCAAACAAGUCAUCUUUUGCAGAAUGUAGUGGCUUUCUUAUAUUCUUAUAUCUGUGACUCACUAUUCAUUGUAAAGGAUACAGUAAUGGGUCGAGGCUAUAUAUCACAUUCUGAUGUAGUUUAGCUACUAUGGGAGUUGUUUAAGGGAAUACUUUUAAAGUCUGUUUUUUUUAAUACAGCCCAGUUUGAUAUUUAUGAAACUGUUCUUUACUGUUGUUAAUUAAACCACCAAUAGAGCAGAACAGUUUCAGGAAUAUUAUUCAAAGCAACAGACUUUAUUAAAUUACUCACAAGUUAAAAGUUUAAAGCCUGAUUUUGUUAUGCUUAUAUUUUCACCACAACACUUUUAAUACAUUGGGAAGUUAUCACUCAAACCCAACAUGUUGCUUGUUUCCCUGUGCUGUUAGAUUCCAUAACUACAGGUGCUGUUGGAUAGCUUUUUAGAGGACAAAGCCAUGCUUUAUAUCUUCAUAAAGGACACUGCAGCUUUAAUUUAUUUUAUUCACAUUGUAUUUUGCUGUUUUCCUUACCUUUUGGAUGUCUUUAUAUAUAUAUAUAUAUAUAUAUAUAUAUAUAUAUAUAUAUAUAUAUAUAUAUAUAUAAUUUUUUUUUUACUGUAAAAGGUUGUUAAGGGAUUCUGUUAUAUUUUCUGGACCCAAUUUAAUUAACUCUUAAAAAUGGUUUUAGGAAAAUGCAAUACACGAUUUAAAUUUUGAUUAAUUAUUGUGGAUGUGUUAAUAUAAUAAAAAAUAAAUAUUGCUUCUCUUUACUUCGUUUAUUUAAAUUAUUUAGAAAUACUAAAAGAAACUCCACAGAUUCAAUCACAAACCUUUUUUUUCCCCAACGACUUCUUGUCAAAACGUUUGUCAUUGAAUUGAUUACAUUUUUUAAAUAUUUCUAAAUUUAGUGCUAUUGAGUGUUUAAUAGUUACGGAAGAUUGAUUAAAUAAUUGAAUUCUGUUUCCCCAGGUAAAGUUAAUUGAAUUGGGACCUUUGCCACUUCAAUUUUGAGGUUAUUGUGAAGUUAUUAACACUUUUUAAUGUGCAAUUGUCGUCUCCGUAUUGUAUUUAUUAUCCAUAAACCAAUAAAGAAAGGGUCAACUGUUUAAA